AUGGCCGAGCCCCUACAAAGGUACCCCUGGAUGCCAAAUUUUGAAAGAUCCGCGCGCGUUGGCAAAAAAUCUCCUCUGCACCUCAACGAUGGCGAUCAGGUACAGGCGAGAAUCGUCGAUGUGAUAGAGCCAGCUACUCUAUCAGUUGUCGUUAUCGUCGAGGUCAAUCCACCCUCGACACAGGAAAGCCAGACCAGCCAGGCAAAUUCUCCCCUCAAGAUGGUCCUCAAGGCGUUUGAUCGCCGAUUUUCUUUGCAAUUAAGAGAGGAGUUGCAGUCCAGUGGCCCGUCAAACCUUGCGACCGAGGAAGAAUAUCUCGCAUUCUUGCAACAAGGAUCGAUGGCCGAUUUUGUUGCCAACUACAAUAAAGACUAUAAGUUCACAUCAGAUGACUGGGAUUCGCCGAUGCAAGAGGCAUAUUUCAGUCUUACUUGUGCCAGAAUGAAAGAAACUGAGGCUAGAAUCUAUGAUUAUCUUGUUGACCUGCAAGGCAUUCACAUACCGAAGUUCUUUGCUGACGUCCAAAUCGCUUCAACGCCGGUAGCUGGAGAGCAGAUCCACGAAAACUUCGCCAAGUACAUUGACGUUGGGGCUAUUUUGAUCGAAUACAUUCCCGGAUUCCUCCUCUCUAACAUGGUAAUAGAGACACCAGAAUCAGCAUGGCCUGGUAUCUGUGACCAAGCUAUAAAAGUUGUCCAUAAGAUUAUCGGACAUCAUUUUGUCAAUACCGACAUGCAAACGAGGAACGUUAUUGUCCGCCGCGAUGGUUUAGAGAACUACCGAGUGUUUUACAUAGACUUUGGGCUAUGUGACUUCCGCGAUCCGUUAGAUAGUGACGAAGUCUGGAUGGAGUACGCAUAUCAAAAUGCUGAAGAAAAUAGAAUUGGGUGGUCUCUUGCAAAUGCAAUCUCAAGGGCCAAGGGGAAGAAGGGAAAGAGAUACAAAGGCAAGCUUCCGCUACCGUGGGAGUUUACCCCUUCCAACCGGUUUCGUGGUCAGGACAUCGAAGAUUAUCCAAAGCAUAUUUGGUAUCCAUAG